AUGACGAUUGUUGCAUUAUGUUCCAAGAGUAUAUUUAAGCUUUUACCUUCAAGGUUUUUAUUAAUUGGAAAGCGUCACAUCUCAAUCAAAUCGAAAACAUUAGAUAACAUAAUACAAAGUAAAAUGAGCAAGAAAGGUGAUCCAAGAGAUUCAAAAUUAAUUGAAAAAAAAAUUGUACAAGAUACAAAUGAAUGUAAGUGGAUUGGUCUUGAAAAAAUCACAUAUUUAGAUCCAAAUGGCGUUACUAGACAAUGGGAUAGUGCUGUGAGAAAGACUAGAAACUCCGGCGGUAUAGAUGGUAUUGGUAUGUUUACAAUUUUGAAAUACCAUGAUAAUAAAACUCCAGAUCAAGUGUUGCUACAAAAACAGUUUAGGCCUCCUGUAGAAGGUGUUUGCAUCGAAGUUCCAGCUGGUUUAAUAGACGCUAAUGAAGAUGUAGAAACAGCUGCUCUAAGAGAAUUAAGAGAAGAAACUGGUUAUGUUGGUAAAAUUAUUGACGUUGGUCCGGUUAUUUUUAAUGAUCCAGGAUUCACUAACACGAAUAUGUCUUUAUUAACUGUAGAAGUAGAUAUGAGAUUACCAGAAAAUAUUAAUCCAAAGACAGAAUUAGAGGAUAAUGAAUUCAUUGAAUGUUUUACAGUCCCAUUAAGUACAUUUGAUGAAGAAAUGGUUAAGUUAAAUCAACAAGGUUAUAAGUUAGAUGCAAGGGUUCAAAAUGUGGCACAUGGUAUUUGGGUGGCUAAAAAUUAUAAUGUAUUCAAAUAA